AUGAUAAGUCCGCCGGCGGAAGGAUCAAAUUCGACAAUAUGUGGAUAUUUGCAUCGAAUUGAAAUCAGAUCGAUUGGUUUGAUAACUCGAAGAAGAUAUUGGUUUGCAUUAUGUGAUUCGACACCAUUUUUAUAUUGGUUCAAAGAAUCGGAUGAUGUGAAAUGUAUUGGAAGAGUUUCAUUGAGUGGUGCUGCAUUUACAUAUGAUCCGAAAGAAAAAGGAAGAUUUGAGAUACAGUGAGUUUUAUGGGUGGAAAAUGUUUACUGUUUCAAAAUUUUGAUUAAAUUUGAAUUGAUCCUGAUUAUUUAUCCGAUAGUCCUGAUCGCCAGUGUUAUAUUAAAAAUAAAAAAACCCAUUUGCAGUGCCAGCAAUGAUGUAAUGAUUCUCGAAUGUUCUUCUGAUAAACAACGAAAUGAAUGGAUGAAAGCAUUGCAAAAUACAAGAAAACGUAGUUGGCAUACAACAACAACGAAAUCAUCAUCCGAUUCAACUCUCGAAAAUAUAUCAUCUUUGACAAGACCAUCAUCUUCGUUAUCAACUAUUUCAUCGCCUCCAAUUCCUCCUCCAAGAAGUCCAAAAGUUAUUAGAAAAGAUGAACAGAAAAUUGAGGAAUCGAUAGGAGACAGUGAAAAUGAACCGAAAAAAGACGAGGAGGAAAUUGAAAUCGAAAUUGAGAGCGGUGUUGCACAAACUGAAUGGUAUUUGAAUCCGAAUGGUCAACUCAAUGAAAGGUCUCUUCAAAUGCCAAAAGUUAUCCAAAGUCCUGAAUUGGUUAUUAAAAAAUUGGCAGAUGAAAAAAUCGAGGCACCAUUUAGAGCUAUUAAGAGAAAUUUGUCGAGUUGGAGAGGAUCGAAACAAUCGACUACGGUUGACGAACAAAAUACGAGUAGGGUAAGCAUUUUUAAUACUGACGAGACCUGCCUCUGAUACCGUCUAUUAAAAAGGUCGAAACGGUAGCGCGCUAGUAAUCUUCUCUUUCCAACUCAUCUUCCCUUUUCCCUUUUUUUUCUCUUUUCUUCAAUUCCAAAAUUUAGCAUAUUCCUAAUAUUUUUAUUAUUUUAUUUGAAGGGUUGAUUUUUUUUAGUUUGAUCAAUUUGUCCGAAUUUCAAAAAAUUAUGGUUUUAUGAAAAAGUGAAUUUUUCUUUUAAAAAACAUUUUUCCAGAAAAGCACAAUAAGCGGAGAAUUGACAGCCGAAGAGAAAUGUAUCGAAUUGUCAGACAAAGUUGGAAGUUUGGAAGAAGUUGUUGAAUCAUUGAGAAGUGCAUUGUUAUUAUCACAAAGGCAAAAUGAAACACUGUGAGUCAGAAUAUCGAAUUUCAUUCUUUGUUUAUAUUUUAUUCCAUCAAAUUUUUAUAUAUUUUUUCUCCGAAAAUAUUGAUCAAAUUUGUCCCAUUUUCAGCACGAAAAUCGAUGAAAUGGCUGGAAAAAAUGAGGAAAUGCGAGAGUAUUUGCUGGAAAAAGAGCGACAAAUGACUGAAUUGCAUAUUUCGAAUAGUUUGAAUGCUAGAAAAUGUGGUGAUUUGGAGGAACAAAAUGCGAAAUUAGAAGAUACGAUAAGUGAUUUACAACAAUCGCUAGAAGCAUUUCGAGAAUCGUUGAGAACAAAAGAAGAAUUAAUUCUGAAAAUGUGCGAAGAAAAUGGAGAAGAUAUAAAUAAUGGAACACUUUUAUCAGAUAUUGAAGUACCCGAAGGAAUACUUGUUGAUGUUUCAUCUUUAGAUUGUGAAGAAGCAACGAGAAAAGUAUUAGAAGAGGAAAAUGUGAAAGAUAUUGGAGAAUUACAAGAUUUGGUUGAAGGAUAUCGAGGACAAAAUCAAUUUUUGAAUGCGGAAAUUGUUGAAUUGCAUAAUAUUGUAAAAUCAUUGGAGGAUCGAGAAAAAAUGCUAGUUCGAAAAAAUUUCGAUUUGGAAGCUUGUUAUUAUCAAUUGAAAAGUCGAUAUUUGAUGGUUUUGAAUCAUUUUAAAUCGCCGCAAAAACCUGGAAAAAGUGGGUUUUUUUCUGGGGGAAAUGGGAAUAAAUUAACGAAUUUGGUUGCGUGACUUGGAAUUUUGUCUGGAAUUUUUUUAGAAAUGAAAAUUAGAUUGUCUGAAAUUUUCUGAAAUUGUUUGAAAGAUGUUUUUUCUCUAAAAUUUCUGAAAAUUUCAAUUUUCAGUCAAACUUCAUGUAGUAACUCAAAUCACAUCAAUUUCUACGGAUAUCUUCUCAAAAAAUGGAAAUUUUGAAAGAAAAACCACCUUUGAAGUUUUUUCUGAACAUUUUCAUAAUUUGAAAAAUUUCGAUUUUGACCCAUUUUUCGAAAUCUAAAAAAUAUAUAUUCAAAAAUUUACCCCAUUAUUUUUUGCAGUAAUGGAACCUGGUGUUUUGCGCGAACUUCUCGAUGAAUCAGCAACAACUCCAAGACAAAAUCAACAAAAUCUGACAGAUCAACUUGGAUUUUAUAAAAGAGAUUCACUUUGUGAUACUGAUGAUCUUCUUGAUACAGCAACAUUUUAUAUGAAAAAAGCGGAUGAUAUUGUAGAAGCAACGAAAUUAGAACAAUCAGAAGAAUAUAUGAAAUGGCUACAAUCAUGGGAUUCAUUUCUUGUUAAUAAUACUGUAAAUCGACAAUUAACUAUAAUGACAUCAUCUGAUAUGAAAACAAUGAUUCGAACUGGAGUUCCACCGGCUUAUCGAGGAAGAGUUUGGAAAUCAAUUAUAAAUCAUUGGACAAAAGAUAAACAACUUGAACUUGGAAAUGGAUAUUAUUCGAGUAUGUUGAGAAAAGCAUCGAAUAAAAAAGGAUAGUGGAAGUUAUGAUGCGGCGAUCAAACAAAUUGAUUUGGAUUUAGCGAGAACACUUCCAACUAAUAAAUUGUUUGAUGAACCAAAUUCAGCGAAUAUUGAAAAAUUGAGAAAUGUUUUGUAUGCUUUUCGAUAUCAUAAUCAACAUGUUGGAUAUUGUCAAGGAUUGAAUCGAUUGGCUGCAAUUGCAUUGCUUUAUUUAGGUAAACAUUUUCUGGAAGAAAUGUUUUUUUCUUUAAAAUCCCGAACUUUCAAAAUUUUGAUAUAAAAAACAGUAUUUUUCGAAAAUUUGACAUAUUUUUUCCAAAUAGAUAUUUCUGCAUUUUUGAAACAGUUGAUUUUUCUCAAAAUUAACAAAAUUAAAUACGUUAAAAAAUAUUGAUAUCGAGUUUUGAGGAAUGUAGAAAUAAUUAAAAACAUAUAAGUAGUGUUCAUUUUUUCAGACGAACAAGAUUCGUUUUGGUUUCUUGUUUCAUGUGUUGAAAAUUUGCAACCCGAAGGAUAUUAUACAAGUUCUUUGAUUGGAGCUGUUGCUGAUCAAAAAGUUUUGAGAGAUUUGGUCGCCGAAAAAUUACCCAAAUUGGCUGCGCAUUUGCGAUGUUUGGAAGUUGAUUUGUCGCUUUUUGCACUUUCCUGGUUUUUGACAGUGUUUGUUGAUAUUCUACCACAUUCGAUUUAUUUGACUAUUUUUGAUACGUUUUUGUAUGAAGGAAAUAAGGUGAGAAGUUUUUAGAAAUUGAAAAAUGAGUUUUUUUUAAUAAAAAAAUGAAUAAACUAUUAAAAAAUAAAAAUAUUCCUUUCAUUAUGUGUGCUUUGCGAACAUUCAAAUUGACACAAAUCAAAUUUUUUGCACUUCAAUAUCAUUUUUCCAGUUCAAGAAUGUUUCCUUAACUACACAUUUAAUUAAAAAUUAAUGAACCGUGAACGGUGACGUUUCAACUACAAAAUAUUCUGAAUGUAUUUUCUAUAGUUUUUCUAACAAAUUAGAUUUUUUGGAAUGAAUUGAUAAACAUUUCAGAAUUUUGGAAAAAUUCUUUCAAGAACUUUCAGAUCAAAAGUCCAAUCAAAACGCGUAAAUAUAAAAUCCAAUUUAGAAUAAUUUGGAAGUCUGAACCUCCAAAUUAAUCUAAACGUAACCAACUCCAGGUUCUCUUCCGCUUUGCUCUUGCUCUUCUCAAAAUCUGCGAACCACAUGUUCUUCAAUGCAAAACAAUCGGAACUGUUCAUCAAUGUUUGAGCAAAGCUCAAGAACAUAUCACUGAUUUCAAAUCAUUGGCUCAAGUCGCAUUCAACGAAUUGAAUCCGUUUCCACAAAAAUCAAUUGAAACCAAACGGCAAAUGUAUUUAACGCAAUUAAAUGUAAGAUUUUCUUGAAUAUGUUUGAUUUAUAAUUACAAAAAUACAUAUUUCAGGACACUGGUCACUAA